CUCAGACCCGGAAGUACCAUGAUGUUUUUCUACUUGUGCAUGUAACUUAUUUGGUGAUGCUAUGUUGCAUUCGCCGGUCUUAACAGGUCUGUCUGGCUUGUGUCGAGUCACCGAACAUCUUUUUGUGAGUAACAGCAGAGCGGCAAAUUGCGCUUCUCUCGUGAGCGGGAAUAACAUAACAUGCAUCAUUAACGUCAGUGAAACUAAAAGCAACAGUCCUGUUGUUCACGGUGUGGAGUACAUUCAUAUUGCACUGUCUGACUCGCCGUCCACCCCUCUAGUGAAUCACUUUGACGAGGUGGCAGAUAAAAUACUGCACGAAGCACGGAAAGGUGGUCGCACACUGGUGCACUGCAACGCGGGCGUCAGCCGCUCAACUACACUCUGCAUGGCGUUUCUAAUCAAGCACCAAGGUGCUACUCUGAUGGAGGCCUACACUACCGUCAAAAACUGUCGGCCCAUGGUGAGGCCAAAUAAUGGCUUCUGGAAGCAACUAAUCCAAUAUGAGGCAGAGCAUCGUGGGUGCACAUCUGUCCGGAUGGUGUCCUCGUCCAUGGGGGAGAUACCUGAUUUUUAUGAAAAUGAGGCUAAAAAUAUGAUGCCGCUCUAAAAGACUACUACUAUUCAAUGUUGUGGGUACUGUGUAAGCCUACUUAUCUGACACUUUGUUAUUCCUACUUGGACAAGUGCUGGGAAAAAAAAACUUGUAAAGAACUUUGGCUUUAGCUGUAGUUUUGCAAAGUGGUUUACAAAUAAUAUUCAGAAGAAAUGCAUUAAAAUGUGCUUUUACAACA